CAACGCGCACGCCGACAACGGUGGUCGAUAUGUAUGCACACUGCCGCAGUGUAGCGAACGCAAUACGAUGCAAUGCUACCACGCGAUUCGACAUCGCAACAGGCGCCAUAAUGAGUCGAAGCUCGCUUACACACUGCUGAUUGAAUUACGGUGCCAACGCGACAGCCACAUCGCUGCUGCGACGAGAGAUUACUCACCCUCCACGAAGCAGCAUUCCAGUCAUGUGUCCCGCACGCAGCACUGCUAAACAACACACACAUUGACCGGUUUCUCAGCAGCAAGCACUUGUCAACC